CCCCUUGCAACCACGUGACUCCGUUACCCAGAACCCCUUGCGUGGCGGCCAUAUUGGUUGGCAUGCCAUCGUCUACACAACGCGCCAACAUGCAAUCAAAGUCUUACGUGGAUGAGUUACAGCCUUCUGAUAAGGCAGCUUACUUCACUAAAUGUGCAAGGAUUGGUAAUGCGGACCCUUUGGCUCUUCCUAUUAAGGAUUUUUCUACCAAUCCCGAUGAUUGGCCAUCAGUUUGCUACGCGGAUCUGGUGAACUACCUUGUGUUGUCACCCACCCCAACGUACAGUGGCGAUCAGAUGAAGGCCUACAAGAGUUUGGAAGCGCACAAACAGUUCACUGCCGGAUGGAUACGUGAACUGUCUGUUUGUUACCUGAAUGAUGUAGCAGUUGUCCGUGGAAGGGUUAUGCAUUCUCAGAGUGUCAGAGCCACCCCUACACGCACCUGGAUCCUGGCUGAGAAGGAAGGUGCGAUCAUAUCUGCUAACUGUGAUUGCAAGGCUGGCCUCGCUUCAACCUGCACCCAUGUCGGUGCUCUACUCUUCAAGCUAGAUGCUGCAUCACGGAUAAGAGAGAGGAAAACAGUGACGUCUGAGAAGGCUUGCUGGAUGCUCCCCCCUGCCAUGCAUGACUUUUCAUCUCUUAGCGCUGAGGUGUCUGCUGUAGACUUCCAGUCGUCUAGGAGAAAGCGCUUGAAGUUGGAUGAAGUAAUAGACAACUCCCCUUCUCCACUCAUGACGUCCACUCCCAAACCUGCACCACCCGGUAAUCCAAAGCGAACUGUUCUGUCACCAAGUCGACAGGAGGCUUUCUGGAAAGCACUCAGUGUGCAUGAGCCAAGAGCCAGUGCCCUCGCCAUCCAGCCGAAUUAUCAACAACCAUUCAUGCCUCGCUCCACUCUACCUGAAUUCCCAUUGCCCCUUCUGCAGCUACGCGAGGAACGCUUCUUGGGAAUGCAGCACCAAGAACUUACAGAGUAUUGCAGUGAACUUGAAAUAGCAGUUACUGCUGAGCAGGCCACUGCAGUGGAGGAAGCUACCCAGGACCAGGCAAACUCGAAGCUGUGGUACACAUUUCGUGCUGGUCGCCUCACAGCGUCAAAGAUGAAGGCCAUAUACAGAACUUGUGUGGAUAAACCAGCACCGAGCCUCAUCAAGGCUGUAUGUUACCCGGAGCAGUGCAAGGUUAAAAGUGCAGCCACUGCCCAUGGAAUCAAAUAUGAAAAACAGUGCGUCACCGGACAGUAUGGUAAAGUGUGGCUGCUGUGGAACUGGUGUGGUUGA